CGACCUUCCUCUAUUUCAAACGGACUUCCUCCACCUCUAGAUCCCGCAAUAUUACAUAUUCUUUCGGGGCUUUUGAGGGACUUACAAUUCCUUAACCAACAACGACAUCUUUCAGAUCUUGCGCUUCAGGAAAUAAUAGAUAGACUACCAAAGCCUGCUUCAUAUAAUGUUAUUCAAUCGCCAGCUGUACUUUCACCAAAACAUUCUCCUGUACCUUUGCCUCAAGUAGGUUCGCCGGCACCUUCUAUGCAUUCUGAAAAUUCAAAAGUGGAUUCCGAACUUGUACACUCCGGAGUAAAAGACAUAUCUAUUAUGCAACCACAAGAACAGAGUGGGGUACAAUAUUUGCAAUCCCAAAAUUCUACGGAUCCUCAACCACCUUUAUCAGCUAUUCAAGAUCAACAAGAGCAUAAACCUGAAAUACCUUACGGAGAGACUGUUGAUCAGUUUACUGCGAUUACUGCGAUUCCCGAAACAACUACUAGAAGUUCGACUCCAAGAUUUUCAAUGUCACGAGGUCCUCUACCACAUCCUCCAAAUUCGAUAAAUAAUGCUCCUCCACAACAUCCUACUUUACCGCCUAAUUUUAUUAGUAAACAACAAGAAGCUGAGGCCGAAUCUUACGCUAACAGAUCUAGAGUUCCAAAAAUACAUGAUAUGCUACCUGUUUAUAGCCCUCAAGUUGUUGAGGCGUUAUGGGAUUUCAACGGAACUGAUGAUGGUGACUUGAGCUUUAAAAAAGGAGAUUAUAUAGAAGUGACUGAAUAUGUUAAUGAGGACUGGUGGCGUGGUUGUGUUAAAGGCAAAGAUAUAAUUGGUAUAUUCCCAAAGGUUUACACAAAAAGUAUAUCACAAGAGGCUCAGCCUUCAAGGAACUCCAAUAGUCAUCAUCGUAGAACUUCAACGACCUCUACGACUUCGAUUUCAUCUCGUCCCUUACAACAAAAUUUAAAUAUCCAACCAAAUCUACAAUCAACUUCACAACAGAAUCUGCAACAGAAUCUACAACAAAAUCUACAACAAAAUCUACAACAAAAUCCUUUAUCCACUAAUCGUUUAUCUCAGGUUCCUGUACAGUUGCAACCUCAACAACCUUCAAAUCGUCAGACUACACCUCAACAAAAUUUUACUGCCCCCUAUUCUUAUCAAAAUUUUCCAACUCCAAACUCUACUUAUUAUUUGCAAAAUCAAUAUUAUAAUCAACCAACAUAUUCUGGUGGAUCUAAAAAAUAA